AUAUCCCUACUUGAGUCUACUGACCAAAUCGCCAUGCUCGGACCCAAUGGCUCAGUCUUCAUGCCCUCUGUAUUAACACUCAUCGGGAUUCCUGGCCUGGAGUCAGUGCAAUGCUGGAUCGGGAUUCCAUUCUGUGUCAUGUACCUUAUGGCAGUAAUUGGGAAUACUCUAAUUUUGGUGAUAAUCAAAUAUGAAAACAGCCUCCAUAGUCCUAUGUACAUUUUUCUCGCUAUGUUGGGGGCCACAGACAUUGCACUUAGCACUUGUAUUCUCCCCAAAAUGUUAGGCAUCUUCUGGUUUCAUUUGAUAGAGAUUUCUUUUGAAGCCUGUCUUCUACAAAUGUGGCUUCUUCACUCAUUUCAGGGAAUUGAAUCAGGUGUCCUGCUGGCGAUGGCCCUAGAUCGCUAUGUGGCCAUCUGUAAUCCCUUGAGACAUGCCAGCAUCUUCUCCCCAAAACUCUUGACUCACAUUGGGGUUGGGGUGACACUCAGGGCUGCCAUACUUGGAGCGCCAUGCCUGGUACUAAUCAAAUACCGUCUCAAAUUCUACCGAACCACAGUCGUCUCCCACUCUUACUGUGAGCAUAUGGCCAUUGUGAAGCUGGCUAUUGAAGAUAUACGGAUCAACAAGAUCUAUGGUCUAUUUGUUGCCUUCACUAUCUUAGGAUUUGACAUAAUCUUUAUCACCUUGUCCUACAUUCAGAUCUUUAUCACUGUCUUUCAACUGCCCCAGAAGGAGGCAAGAUUCAAAGCCUUUAAUACAUGUAUCGCUCAUAUUUGUGUCUUCCUGCAGUUCUACCUCCUUGGCUUCUUCUCUUUCUUCACACAUAGAUUUGGUUCUCACAUACCACCAUACGUUCAUAUCCUUUUAUCUAACCUUUACCUGUUAGUUCCACCUUUUCUCAACCCAAUCGUCUAUGGAGUGAAGACCAAACAAAUCCGUGACCAUGUGCUAACAAUAUUUAUAUGCUCCAAACAUCUUAAUCAUUAG